AUGUUUAGCUCGUGGGAUCUCGUACGACCGCGCUUCUGGUACCCCAUGUCAUCUCUGGAACAGUCCAUGAUGGAGCUCGAGCAGCUGCAAGAUAUUAUGAUGCGACCACGUUCCUUGUUCGACAUGCCGCGCGACUUCUUUGCCGCGACAAAGUACGCUCAAGAAGAAGAUGGGCCGGUUGAUGACGACUUCUUUGUUGACCUACCAGUAGUAUCGCACAUGUACAAGCGGAAACCGUUCGACAUGGCUUUCAAACAGGACGAAAAGGACAUAAAGAGCAAGGAAUCUACAGAUAAUGUUUGCUCGGACACCAACUCAAUGGAAGUUGAUGAUGAGGGCAGUGAAAGGGUCGACCAGGCAGAAGAGUCUGCAACCAAGACAGUGGAGGCAUCGAAAAAGGUCGAAGGUAAUGUCGAGUCCAAAGAGAAAGACCUUGACAAGAAAAACGAAGAGCUCCAACGUCAUUCUGACAAGAUCACUUCCACAACAAAGCACGAGAGAGACGAUGAGUGUCACAACUUUUCGUCUUAUUCGUUCAGUAGCUCGUCCGUUAUGGACGACAAGGGUCGGCGAGUGACGACCACACGUCGCCGCUACGAAGACUCAAGCGGUCGACUGAAAGCUGUGCAUGAACGGGAAAUUGAUGGCAAGAAGUUGCGUACGACAUGGCAUCGUCAAUGCAAAGAAGACGAAGGUCAGCACGAGUCCAUUUGUUCAAGCGGCAGUCCGGAGGAGUUUGAAACGCUGUGGCAGCAAACUCCGUUUGGUGAGGCACAGAAAAAGACUGUGAAGGGUCAACUUCAGUCCGAGUCGGAUGUGGUAAAAGAGGACGCUCGUACUAAUAACUAA